UACAAUCAAGAAGAAACUAUAGCCAAACUAAAAAGAGAACCAUUUUAGUAAAAUUUAAGAGAGGAAGAAGGUCCUCUAUAUAAAAGCACAAAAGGUCCUCUUAACAACUAAUACUCCCAUCUUUGCCUUUAUUCUUUCUUUGUUCUUCUUCCAAACAAACAAACAAAGAAUAAUGGAACAAACUAUUUUCAACAAUAGAUCACUUUCAUGUCUAGUUCUUCUUCUUAUUUUGAUUUCCUUUUCAACAUCAGUUGAUGCUUACAAAAAUUACACUGUGGGUGAUUCUUUAGGUUGGUUUGAUAAUCUUGAAAAACCUCUUGUUAACUAUGACAAAUGGACUGCUAACAAAAAAUUCAGCCUUGGUGAUUUUCUAAUAUUUAAUUCAGACAAUAACCAUUCAGUCACUCAAACUUACAACUUUACAACAUACAAAAAUUGUGACUACAACAAUGCCUUAGACAAUGAUACCAUGCAAUGGGUAUCUGCAGAUCCAUCUUCAACAUCAAUUUUUCCAGUUACAGUAGCAGUGCCACUAUUAAAAGUUGGGCCAACAUAUUUUUUCUCUAGCGAUUACGAUGGUGAACAGUGUGAAAACGGUCAACAUUUUAAAAUUAACGUUACAUAUGGUCAAGGAUUGCCUCGAGCCCUUAAGGAUCCGUCUGAUGAUGACUCAAUGGCUCCGAUUAGUCCGAUUUCUGGUGAUGAAGAAUCAGCACCGGAUACGAUUGUUCCUUCCUCGUUCGAUCAUCCACGUGAUGUGAGUACUGAUGAUAGUCCUGAACCUUCAAAUUCGAUUUCAUUAUCGAUGUUUUCUAAGGUUUUAGGUAAUCAAUUGAAUUGGGUAUUCGUUAUGCUUGCGUUAGUUUUUGGUAUUUGUUGAUUAUACAACUGCAAUUUCAUUUUUUUGGAUUUACUAUAUCUUUUUGCAGUCGUUUGGUUUGUAAACAAAGUUAUAUAUGUAUUUAUGUAUGUAUUAUAGUACAAAGAUUUUUUUAUAGAAGCAAAUAAUGUUAUAUGGUUAUUA